ACCAGUUCUUUCUCACACAAAACGGGCGCGGUCUAAGUGCUAUAGAAAGAUGGACGAAAAUCUUUAUAGAAAUUCUGCCCUUGAUAAAUAUAUGAGUGAAAUAACAUCGAGGGUCGCAGCGGAGUCUGGUAUACCUAGUGAUCGGUAUCAUUUGGGAAAGCUGGUCCUGCAAAGCUUGAGGGAUGACGAAGAUUUUGUUAUGCAGGUAGACGGUGCAACCGAUACAUCAGAAACGAAUGGAGCAGUUUUACAGAAGAGUGUGCGAUGUGCGACCUGCUUCAGGAGUUUGGGUCUGAAGACCGGUGACGUCAUGGUUCUGAUGGCUCCCAACCACUUGGACCAGGCUGUACCGUUCUAUGCUGCGUUAUUUGAGGGAAUCAUCAUCGCUCCUAUUGAUAGAACUUUGGGUGUUAACGAAUUGCAAGCUACGUUCUCGGUCGACAAACCUAGCAUCGUAUUCUGCCAAAGUGAGAAAGUAAAAGAUGUCCAGAAAGCUAUAGAACUGGCUGACGCUACCGCUAAAGUCUUUAGUUAUGACACCAGUCCUGAUACUAUAAGCCUUGCUGAGAUGUUGGAGAAAUACGGAGAAGAUGUGGAUGUGAAGGAUUUUCAGGCAGCUGACUUUGAUACCGAGAAGACUAUAUCUGUGAUAGUCUCUACGAGUGGUACCACAGGUCUUCCAAAAGCAAGUAUAUUAACACACAAAAAUACGGCUAUUUCUGGACCAUACGCUAUUGGUUUCUCCCAGACGUUUCCCUGUCCAAUAAAGUCCGCCAUCUUAGUAUCUCCUAUGCAAUGGCUCUCGUCGUUCAUGCAUUACAUAUUGUCUCCGAUUCUGAAGUACACACGAGUGCAAUCCUCGACCCUAACUCCAGAACAUCUUUUGGACAUGAUUAUUAAAUAUGAGCCUUCUUUCUGCACAAUCAGUCCACCUUUGAUGCUAGCGUUGUUAAAAGAAACAGAAAAAAAGAAGUGUGACUUCUCCAGUUUUGACGUCAUUUAUAUAGGAGGCAGCUCAGUGCCAACCAGUCUGGUUGAGGAAGUGCAGAGAUUAACACCUAGAUCCAAAGUAGCAGAUUCUUACGGGAUCAGUGAAGUGGGGUCUAUAGUGUUCUACAGUCUUGACGGGAGGAAAGGCAGCUGUGGACGCCGGUUUGCACACUUAGAAUACAAGUUGGUAGAUACAGAGACAAAUGAAGAAAUCAAAGAGCCUCACGUUGUGGGAGAGCUAUGGGUUAGAAUACCUGGAUACUUUCAGGGCUAUUACAACAACCCUGAAGUUUCUGCUGAAGUCACAACCUCAGACAAAUGGUUUAAAACAGGUGAUCUAAUGUAUAGGGAUGAAGAUUGGUACUUCUAUUUCGUGGACCGACACAAACUUCUGUUGAAGUAUAAGAAUCAUCAGAUAUCACCAGCGGAACUAGAAGCAGUGAUUCGUCAACAUCCAAGCGUCUCAGAUGUCGCUGUAGCCGGAGUACCAGAUCCUGAAAGUGGGGAACUACCUAUUGCCUUCGUGGUGACGAAGCCAGGAGCCAAGAUCUCUGAACAAGAGGUUAAGGAUAUCGUUAAAGAUAACCUGACUGACACUAAACAUUUAAGAGGCGGCGUUGUAUUCGUAGAAGAACUCCCACUUACAGUAACAGCCAAAGUGGAUAGAAAGAAGUUGAAGGAAUUAGUUCAGGCGCGAGUAAAGGGAGGUAGCACAUAACUCUAAAUAACAUAAUAAGGUAGAAGACGGACAAACAGCGUGCAGUUUUUGCCCGCUUUUG